CUCGGUUACCUUGCUCGUCUCGACACCAUAAAUAAUCCUUACUGGGCAUACUAUAUGCCAUCCUGAACACACUGGAUCUCCAUAGCAACAAAUCAAGAUUCUUGUUGCUCCACAACAUUCACACUCGCUAGUUACACCCAUCUCGCAUAUAGUCGUCCUCGAAUCUUGUCGCAGAUCGUCAGAUCUCACAACAUAAACAGACAAAUUCAGCCUCUCCGCCACUCUCUUCUCGACAUGGACUCGGACACGAACAAUGCUACUGCUCUAGCCAAUGCCCAGAAACCUUCAGCCAUUCCGACUAACCAGGAACUGCGAGACUCUCAUACGGAGGCUCUGAAAACCAUUUCGGAACUGUUCACCACCGCACUCGAUGGGAACCUGCAGCUCGACGCUCUGCAUCGGGAGGUCGAGCUAUGGAAGAGCUCUUUCAUGCAAACUGAAAGGGCCAAGGCAAAACUGGAGAAGGAAGUGGCGGCCUUGAAGGAUGGAGCUGGACCUGCUAUGGGUCCGUCCUUCACGGCCAUCUUGAUCGACGGCGAUGGAGCUAUCUUCGACGAGUCAUUCGUCAGCCAAGGCGCAGCCGGUGGCAAAGAGGCUGCAAAGUUGCUCCUUUCAAGCCUGCCGCAGAUGAUACAAAACACGGUCCCACAUCUGGCCAAGACAAAGGGUCUUUCCGCCUUGACCGGGAAUGUAGUCAUCAACGUCAUCGUGAAUAGGUACGGCCUGGCCGGAGCUAUGUAUAAGGGCGGUCUUGUAAAGGGCGCAAAUCUGGUCAACGAGUUUCUGCUCGGACUUUGCAAAGCGCACGAUUCGCUUAAUGUAAUCGACGCUGGUCCGGGCAAGGAAGCAGCCGAUUCGAAGAUCAUGGCUCAACUCCGGUUCUACGGCAGUAUCGCCCAGUGCGGGUUGAUCGUCCUAGCUGGAUCGCAUGAUAACGGAUACGCCAACCCGAUUCGAUCGUUGACGACCGAGGGCAAGGAUAUCGUCCUCCUCGAGGGCGUUUCUGUUGCGGCAGAGUUGCACGGCUUGUGCCCGGUUGCCAAAAUUCCCGGUCUGCUUCGAAAGGAGAAGAUCGCUUGGACCGAUUAUAAGCCGGCCCCAUAUCUUUCCUCGGGUACGAUGAGCAACUCUCCCGGUCCUAAGUUCGUACAGAAACACCAGAAUACCGCCAAGAUUUCCCCUAUCGCGAAAGCUAGCCUCGAGACGGGUGACCCUACCGAUGGUGACGCCUCUGACGACGAUAGUGCGUGGAGCGAAGAGCCCGACGAGGACGGCAUCCCGGUAUUCGAUUAUGACCACAUCGAGGCUCUGGCUAAGCAGAUGAUAGCGACAAAGCUUUCCCCGCCGACUCCUGCCAAAACCGCCAAGACCCGCCAGACCGUUGUCGACUCGGGCACGGAUACCGGCACUGAACGCUUGAACGUGAACAUGAAAUCUAGUAAUACUAAAUCAGCAAACCCGUCUGUCCCGACUGCGCUCGAUAAGAAGGAACUUAAGAAGGAGAAAAGAAAGGCUAGGAGAGCUGCCGAGGCCGCCGCUGCCGUCGCUGCUGCUGGAGGUCCUCCCGUUUCUGGCUCUCAGAGCGGUACGGAGCAAAAGGUCGUUAUCCCGGCGGACGAGAAGGCCCUAAGGUUUCUUAACCCUCGGCCUUGUCAUAAGCACUAUCUCACUCAAGCUGGCUGCGACAAUAAGUCGUGCAGUUUUGCGCAUAACUACAAGCUCAACAGCAAGCAACUCGUCUACCUAGCAAAGCUGGUCAAGGAUAUGCCUUGUCCCUAUGCAAAGCUCGGCAAUUGCUCGGAGAACGCUCAAACUUGUAUCUACGGACACAUUUGUCCGCAUGCCAAAGACUGUACUUGGGGAUCUGCCUGCCGCUUCAACGAUCUGCCUGAUGGCGGGCAUAGUACAUGGGUUCUGUAUUAGUACAGUCACUGCAUCGCCAUUCCGUAAUGUAGUCAUCGCGUCUCGUCGGGAAUUGAAACAACGCCUAUCUCGCAUGUUUUGCAUAUGAUAAGGCCUCGAUCAUAUCAGAUGGUUCCGGCUUUGACCAUGGUCAAGAUCUUGCUUCUCAG